AUGACCUUUUUUUGGAGUGAGCUAAUAGCCAUAAUUUUCAUAAUUGCUUUAUUUAUCUGGUUAAUUGUUUUGACUCUUAAAAUUUUAAACAUAGAAAAGAAAAAACUUUCUAAAAAAAAACAGAAAAAUGAAGAUAAAGGAUUUGAAAUAAAGCCAGAAGAAAACUAAAAUAAUUAAGCAAAUGAUGAUCCUGAAAUAUAAUAGUAUGUUUAUAUUAAUAAUGAUAGAUUAUUAUUAGAGGAAUAAGAUAGAAAUAAAGAGUAAAUAGCAUUAGAUGUUGGAUAAAAUAUUCUAAAAAAAAAACAAUAGAUAAAUCAAAAUAGUUAAAACAAAGAAAUAAAAAGUUAAUUUUAAAAUUUAUAAGAAAUAGAACUCUUAGGUAUUAAAUAUAAGAAAUUUAAAAGAUUAAAAAAUAUAAAUAGAUAAGCUAUAAAAAUAGUUGGAAAAUUUAUAAGAGCUAAUACAAUCUUUAUAGGUGGAUAAAAAUUAAUAUGAAACAUUAAACAAAUAAAUACUAGAUAUAAAAGCACUGAUUAAAAUUUAAAAUAUCCACAAUUACUCAUAGCAUUUAAGUGACAUUCAUGCAAGGUUAACUUAUAUUGAAAAAAAUCUAUAUUAAUAAUAGGAUAUUGGAGAUAUCAUUCUACCACUUUAUGAAAAAACUUCUAAAAAAAGGUAAAUAGAAGAUUAAUAUAAAUAUUAUGUAAGAUAAUUAAAGAAUAAAGUUGAUUUAAAAAAAAAUUAUAGUCUGAGUUUGCAAGCUAAUUAAGAAAUGGGGAACUAUUGUAAUGCAUUUNAUUUUGUCUUCAGAUUAUUCUCUACUUUAUUGUAUUAAAAUCCUUUAACCAAUUAUUAAAUAGUAAGAUAAAAAUAGAAAAUUUAAUAAAGUGUUAUUACAAAGAAGAAAAUUAAUCUCUUCAUAAUUGAUAAAAAAAGUUAAAGAUGA